GAGCGGCGUGGAGGCAUCGUCAUCUCCAUUUCUCUGCUAUGCUACACCUCCUCUGCAGUUCAUUCCGUUCGAUCUCCAUAAAGACCUUCCUGAGCUCCUCCUCCACCACCGCGCGGUGCAUAUUAGGCUCCAGAGCAACAAAGGACGGAGAGCAAUUUCGUCGUAGGCUGUUUUCCCUUCGUUUCCUCCUCGAUCGGCCGGUGAACGAACGGUGAUAAUAAUAAUGAGAUACCCGGUCGUCCUCACGGCGGCGUUCUCCGCAGCGGCAAUUGGAUUCUUGAUCGGAAUCUCCUUCCCGGUGCAAAUCACGCCCAAGGUAUACCCGUCCAGCUUCGUCGCUGACGACGCGGACAGCAGCACCCUGGGUCUGGGUGACAGCAAUGUGCUCGGAAGAUUCUCCACGGCACGCAAUAGCUGCAGCCGUGCUACUUCUACCGUGGGGGCAUCUCCUCCUCCAUCACCCAUCCUCCAGCAGCCAAACGCCACUGCCGCAGAGAAGGUUGUCGUCGUUGGACCGGGAAAGCCAAAAGGCGCGGCCAGGCUACCGCCGGGCAUCGUAGUGGAAGACUCGGAUCUUCAUCUCCGCCGGCUGUGGGGAAACCCACAUGAGGACACGCCUCCACGCAAGUACCUUCUGGUGCUGACAGUAGGGUACAGCGAGAAAGACAGUGUCAACGCGAUUGUUCAGAAGUUCUCGGAGAACUUCGACAUCAUGCUGUUCCACUACGACGGGCAGACGACGGAGUGGGACGCCGAGUUCGAGUGGUCCAGGCAGGCUGUUCAUGUCAGCGCCAGGAAGCAGGCGAAAUGGUGGUACGCCAAGAGGUUCAUGCACCCCAGCGUCCUGGCGCCAUACGAAUACGUCUUCCUGUGGGAUCAAGACCUCGGAGUCGAGGCCUUCGAGGCGGAGGCGUACCUCCGGAUCGUGAGGCGGCACGCGCUGGAGAUAUCCCAGCCGGGCUUGGACAUCGUCAGGGGCGUCAAGACCUACGACGUCAACGUCAGAAGGGAGGAGGGCGGUGAGAUUCACACGUCAGAUGGGUUUGUGGAGGUGAUGGCUCCUGUGUUUACAAGGGAGGCAUGGACUUGUGUGUGGCAUAUGAUCCAGAAUGACCUUGUCCAUGGUUGGGGCCUUGACUGGAACUUCUGGAGAUGUGUUAAUGAACCCAAGAAGCAUAUUGGAGUGGUGGAUGCGCAAUACAUAGCGCAUCACUUCGGGUUCACACUUGGGGACCAAGGCACAGAAGGAAAUCGUGGCCAGGUGAGAGACAGAGCAUCGGUUGAGUUUGGCAUCUUCAAAUCUAGAGUGGAUAAUGCUGAAAAGGCCUGGACAGCAACCACUCUUCCUGUACCAUCAGAUCCAAACUCCAAAUCGUAGCUACCAUUAUCCUCAACUCAUCAUCACAUGUGCACCUCAAAAUCUCUCUCUCUAUGUGUGUGUUUAUCAUCUAUCUCUCCCCCUAUAUUCAUUUAAAUAUGGACGAUUUGAAGAAAACUUAAUGCUUGGUUAAGCCAAGUGCAAUGUGCGUGUAUGCUCUACUAUUGUUAGCAUACAUCAGUAUGUAGUAAGCAUGACUGACAAAUAUCAAAUGAUUCAGAAAUCAAAAGAGUUGAGAAGAACA